AUGACCAAAAAAACACCGGAAAACGCAAAUGGAAAGCUAUGCUCUUGUUUCGAAGGGAAGAGACCCCAAAUCUACUUGGAAGAGCCACACAGACUGACAGUUCCCAUAGUUAUCAGCAAUUACAAAUAUAAAACACCGGUUACCGUUAAUAGAGCGACAGAAAGCAAUAAAGCGUUCCGCAACAAAGACAAAUAUGAGAAGCACUCUAAAGGAACAUUGUACAACCGGUACAAACAACGUAAAGCCUUGAAGCGUCAGCAAACCGAACACGAGAAGGAACUGAAAAGAAUCGAAGAAGAUACGAUAUCAAAAGCGAACCGGGUGAGGGAAGAGGAAUUCCUCCAGCGGUUAUUGAAGCAACAACAGCACCAACAAGACUUUAAAAGAAAACACCAACAUAAAGUUGUUACACAAACAUUCGAACCGAAUAAGAAAGUGAAAAAAAUCCGCCAAGGAAAAGCGAUAAUCGCCAAACCGAAAGCUCAAUCGAAAUAUGUGACUGUUAAAAAAUUGUAA